AUGUAUCAAAAGGAUCCUGGCUUCAACAAGAUACCAGUGCGUGCUGACUACCAUGACAUGGAAAUGCAAAAGUCAAGAGACAGUUGCGUGCAGAGGGCCACUUCUGGCUGCUUGAAAAAGUACGCUCUGAAAAAUCCCGAUAUUUUUGUAUCCGAUCAAAAGGCUGCUUUGGAAAAAGAUUACUUUUCUCAUUUGCAUCGGCUCCAGAGGGAUCGGAAGCAGAAAAAAGGCACUCUUACCCCGACAGGCAUUGCUUUCCAAGGGGUUGAACAUCUUUUAAUGUCCAGCUACGAAAAUAUUCUCAAACUGAACGAUCCAGAUUUUAUCGAUAAGCUAAGGAAUUCUGCAUUAAGCACUUUCUCUUACUAUUUGCCCAGGAUUCUUGGAGUUGGAUUUGCAUUCAUUUGUCUUGACCUCGCCGCUGCAAUAGUGUACUUUUUGUGGAGAAUGCAUCAAAAGCAUGAAGGUGCUGAGCAAAAGGAUAGCUCAGAUAUAUCAGCAGCACUUGCGUCGCAGGGUGGUACUGUUGACGCCAUACAGACUGUCGAAGCAAAUGCCACUGAGGCUGGAUGCUUGCCUAAAAUUGAUGGCAAUUCAGCCUCUGCUCGCCACACUGACUUUGUUAGAAUUGUGAUCGCUUCCAUUUCCUUGCUUGUUUUUGAAUUGUUUUGA